AUGGUUACAGCAAUGGCCCAUCAAGCGGACGACCACUCACCACACUCUAUCGACUACCCCACUUCCAGCCAAUCCUUCGUACCGCAAGAUAUUGAAUCGUCUCCUCGGCAUCAUUCCCCGACCAUGUCUUUUCAGCAACCCUCCCAACUUAGCCAAUCCGCCCAGGCAAGUUCGCGACCUAGCUCGCGAAUGUCGGGUGGAGGCGACAGAUACGGAUACACGCAGCCUUACCAGGACCAAAAUCGGGAACAGCGCCAGUCCCAGCCGCAGCCGCAACAGCAGCCGCAACAGCAACAGCAACAACAGCCUGCUCCCAGCAAGAAUAGCGUCGGAAAACCAGCCUUAUGGUUAAAUAUGUGGAGGGAAGUUGGGAUGAAGACUACAUCCAAACACUUGUUAACGAUGUCGGUUACUGAUGUUGUGGUCCGUUGGCACAAUAGGGGUCAAUUUUAUGGAGAAGACCAUUUCAAUUCGGAAUACAGAAAUUACGUUUUCCAUCUGGGACUUGGGGCGGACAGCGUGAAAUUUGUCAACAUGUUGCCUCUGGGCCGCGGGUCCAAUAAGACCGCCAUCCCAUUCCUUAUUGGCACAAAGUAUGACCAUUUCGUUAACUUCCCGCGAGAGGAUCAGGAGGAAAUAUCAAUCCAGAUCUUCAAAAUCGUUCUGAGCAAGGCAUUCGACCUUAAAUGCACUAUUCCCGAAAUCGAGAAUAUCGGAGAGCCGUUGUUGCUCUAUCAAUCUGUCAACUAA